AUGCUAGUGAACAAGUCACUUAAUGAUCUAAUAGUGAACAAGUCACUUAAUGAUCUAAUAGUGAACAAGUCACUUAAUGAUCUAAUAGUGAACAAGUCACUUAACGAUCUAAUAGUGAACAAGUCACUUAAUGAUCUAAUAGUGAACAAGUCAUUUAAUGAUCUAACAGUGAACAAGUCAUUUAAUGAUCUAAUAGUGAACAAGUCACUUAACGAUCUAAUAGUGAACAAGUCACUUAAUGAUCUAAUAGUGAACAAGUCACUUAACGAUCUAAUAGUGAACAAGUCACUUAACGAUCUAAUAGUGAACAAGUCACUUAAUGAUCUAAUAGUGAACAAGUCACUUAACGAUCUAAUAGUGAACAAGUCACUUAAUGAUCUAAUUGUGAACAAGUCACUUAACGAUCUAAUAGUGAACAAGUCACUUAAUGAUCUAAUAGUGAACAAGUCACUUAAUGAUCUAGUAAUGAACAAGUCACUUAAUGAUCUAAUAGUGAACAAGUCGUUUAAUGAUCUAAUAGUGAACAAGUCACUUAACGAUCUAAUAGUGAACAAGUCACUUAAUGAUCUAAUAGUGAACAAGUCACUUAAUGAUCUAAUAGUGAACAAGUCACUUAAUGAACAAGUCACUUAA